AUGGACGCCGUCCCAGCUGUCCUCGUCCUCCUCAUCUUCCUGACUUCCGUUCUCCCCACCUUCCUCCUCGGCCCAGACCUGACUCUGAUGCUCAGUGCCUACCUCAGAAGCGGCAUAUGCUACGGCACACCGUCCUACAACCGCUCGAGAAUCUUCAGCCCGUUUUUUGAUCGAUUGCUGGUCCUGGCGUACUUCGCGGCGUGCUGUUACGGAAUGUGGCAGGUCGUCAAUGGUAUAGCCGCUGGUGGAACAGAUGAGACAAUCAAUUAUAUCGGAGUUGGACAGUCCGGUAAGGGAAUACUAGGAAUGGUGAAGACGGCUUUGGUAUUGCUAGGAGCGGCUCUUGGGUGUGCGCCGUGCAUGUUCCUGACUAUGGCAGAGGGGAUCCUGCUGUGGCGGUGGACUCGAGAUAGAGUCGGACGUCUCGUGGCAAGAGCUGCUGCUGGAGUGGAAGUCCUACAUCGGAGUCAAAAAUGGCUUGCCUUGGAAGAAUUUGUCGACGGAUUCGUUAGCGGAUUCGAAGCGGGAUUUGAAGCAGCAUAUGACACGACGAAAGCCCGUGACAGCAUCGAAGCGGGCUUCGACGCGACAAACGCUUGUGACAGUAUGGUUGACGGCGACUCCUCCGGAAAUGCAACAAUCGUGUCGUCGGAUCGACAGGUGACCGGAGGUCCUUCGACUGUGUUAAAACUGUCAUAG